AUGCAGCCUUCAACAGUGCUUGCAGCGGCACUUGUUGCCUUCUUUGGCCUCUCACCUGCUUUGGCCCUCCCUCCUGACGUUGAUACUCGCAACGUCAUCAAACGCGAUGUAGCAAUCAUUGGUGGAGGCUCCUCUGGAACCAACGCCGCCAUCUUACUCAAGGACGCUGGCAAAUCUGUCAUUGUUAUUGAGGCCAAGACUAUUCCAGGCGGUCACACACACACUUAUACCGAUCCAGCUACUGGUUUGACUACAGACAACGGUGUCAACAUAUGGCACAAUAAUACUCUUGUCAACCAAUACUUCCGGCGCUUCAAUAUCCCACUAGCCCCCGGGGUGACUACUGCUGGCUCAAACAUGUUUGUCGACUUCAAGUCAGGCGCUAUCCUCAACAUCACUGUUCAGCAAGGUAGCCAGCAAGCCUUCGGUCAAGCACUUCAGAAGUAUGCUACCUUCUUGUCCAAGUACCCUCAGCUCGCUGCUGGCAUGUUCUUGCCCAGGCCUGUGCCCGAAGAAUUGGCCAUGCCCUUUGGUCAACUAGUCCAGCAGCUCGGCAUCGAGGCAGCCAUCCCACUCUUUACUCGACUCAACACCGGUAUUGGUAACCCCAUGACCAUCCCCGUUGUUGAAUUUGCCCGUGUACUUGGCUUGCCCCUGAUUCAGCAAAUCGGAGGACCGGGCUUCGUGACGACUGCACGCAGGAACAACAGCGAGCUCUACCUCAAGGCCGGGGCUGAGCUCGCCGAAAGCAACAGCAUCUGGCUCUCUUCUCGCGUCGUUGCCUCAGAACGCAAGCAGUCCGGCGUCGAACUCGUCGUCCAGACACCCGAGGGCAUCAAGUACGUUUGCGCAAAGAAACUUCUGAUUUCCAUUCCUCCUCGCCUAGAAAACCUCAAGGAAUUCAACCCCACGCAAGCCGAGCGCAACGUCUUCAGCAAGUGGCUCAACGCUGGCUACUACAGCCUCAUCCUCAAGAACAGCGGCUUGCCAGACCUCGAGGUAGACAACAUCAACCCCAAUAGUCCCCUCGGUAUCCCCGACCUACCCGCUGCCAUCUUCGCCGGCCCCAGCGGUAUCCCCGGCCACACGACAUUCUUCUACCAAAUCGAACGCUCAACCGCCGCCUACGCAUACACCGACGACCAAAUCAAGGCCUUCAUCAUCGCCGACCUCAAACGCCUCCAGACUGUCAACCGGGCGAAUGCAAACUUUACUCAGACUCAGCCCGAGGUCAUUGUCACGAAUUCCCACGUCCCCUUUUACCUACAGGUCUCUUCCCAGGACAUCUUAGAUGGCUUCUACGACCGGAUGAAUGCGCUGCAGGGCCAGUUCAGUACAUUUUAUACGGGUGCUGCGUGGAGGGGUCAGGAUAGCAGUAUUCUUUGGGAGUACAACAAGUCGGUUCUCCUUCCCUUGCUGCUUAAGAGCUUGGAAGAAGCGUAGAAACGUCAAGGUGGCCUUUUUUUUUCUUCCCUCGACGUAGACGAAUUGGGGGGUUUU